CACCAGCAAACGCCCACGUCCACGCCCACGCCCACCCGUACCCGCACUCACCGUCGGCCACCGCACAACUACCUCCACCACCACCAUGGGAAGCAGUACCUCCAAGCCGUCGGGCGAGCCGAUCGUCAUCCACGGACAAACCCCAAUCCGCUUCUCCAACAGCCUGGUGACGACGCUCACGCAGUCGAGUGAGACGGACAGCACGCGCGAGAAGCAGCUGGAAUUGCACAUCCAAGCGCGGGUGGCCGAGGAGCUUGCGCGGCUCGAGGCGCGCGAGGGCCAGGUCCUCGCCGGCAUCGAUGAGCGCCUGCAGCAAGCCGAGGUGAAGGAAGGCGAGGGUGAUCGGGUCAAAGUGCAGCACGAUAUCGAGGCGCUGAGGGAGCGGCUCGACAGGAUUCCGAAGUUGAUGGAGCUGGAGGAGGGCGUGGAACUUGCGAGGCAGAGUGUGCUCGGGUGUCUCAGGAACAAUAACACGAGGCCGCUUGAUUGUUGGAAGGAGGUUGCAGACUUCAAGGAACACACACGCCGUAUGGAGAAGGCGUUUGUGGUGAGGACGGUGGGAAGGGGGUACUAAGCCGACCGAUGCGAGGGAAGAGAUACGGUGAUAUCAUCAUAGACGUGUGUAUUUGUAACAAAAGUCAGCGGCUCAAGUGGGAUGGGGUUUCAUUCUUGGGUACAUUUUUUUCAGCCGAACC